AUGGAGUCUUAUUUGAAAGGCCGCACGGCGGUGAUAACCGGCGCCUCUAUGGGCAUCGGUGAAGCAAUUGCUAUGACUUUGGCAGAGAAGGGUAUGGAUGUCGCUCUAUUAGCGAGAAGCGGGGACAAGCUGGAGGCUGUGAAGGCUCGAAUCGAGAGCAAAUGCCCCGAUGUCAAUGUUCGCGCCUAUAGUGUUGAUAUCCAAAGUCAUGCGGAGGUCAAUGCGGUUGUUAAACUUAUCGUAUCCGCUUUAGGAGAUAUUGAGGUUUUGAUCAACAAUGCUGGUCUCGCCCUUGGUGCGCCAGGAAGGUUCUGGGAACUCCCUAUUGAGAUGGUGGAGCAAAUGAAUGGCACCAACAUUACUGGAGUGAUGUAUAUGACUCACAGCGUGCUGAACCAGAGCAUGUGGCCCAGAAAGCGCGGCACUAUCAUAAACGUCUCGUCCGUUACGGGGCUUGAAUGCCCUCCUUUUGAAGGCGAAGCUGUCUAUCACGCAAACAAGGCCUGUCUUGAGGCAUUUACCAAUAGCUUGCGUAUGGAAACGGCUGGAUCGAACAUCCGUGUCUCAGUCCUCAGACCGGGCUGUGUGGUCAGCCAUUUCCAUCUUCAGCGCGUCAAGUAUGAUCAGAACGCGAUGGAUGAAUUUUUCUACGGCUAUGAACCCCUGGUACCGGAAGAUCUUGCAGAAGCAGUAUGGUAUAUGGUCAGCUGCCCUGAGAGGAUCACGAUUAAGGCGCUGGAUUGCGUGCCUACAGCGCAGAGAGCGCUUACUCGGUUUGAUCGGGAGUGGAAUGCACGAAAAGACGGAGAAAACAAGGCUUAG